UCCAUCUCGGACUCCAUGCUGGCCCACGCCGUCCCUGCCUUUUUGGUGGUAGUUCCCCGUCGUCUGGUGCGCUUCCGACGUGAGACAACUCAGCCCAACACCACUCCACUCGUGUUCCUCCCUCCACGCCGUCAUCCUCGUCGGCGAAAUCGUUGGCGUGUACAAAUCGAAAUCGCGGUUCAUCCCCUCGUGUCCCCCCCCUCCCAGCCUCUAUUUAAAGCUCGCCUCCCGAUAAACUCCGCCAGCGCCGGCCUCAUCCGACGGACGACUCCUCCCGCCACCUCACCUCCGCUAGCUCCGAGCUCCCUCCAUUUCGCCGUCGAGGAGUCAGGAGUAGCAGAUUGCAUGUUCGUGAUCGUGGCGCCUUUAUUGGACUUUGAUAUGGGUUCUGCUGCAACUGAAAGCAAUGACACUUUGCUGGGCAAUGGAGUUGUUGGGAUUCUUGCCGAGACUUGUAAUAUGUGGGAAAGGAGGGCACCGCUAACUCCUUCCCAUUGUGCUCGCCUUCUGCUCGGAGGAGGGAACAGAACUCGAGUAAACCGGAUAAUUGUGCAGCCAAGCACAAAGAGGAUCCAUCAUGAUGCUCAGUAUGAGGAUGCUGGAUGCGAGAUUUCAGAAGACCUGUCAGAGUGUGGUCUUAUUAUAGGCAUCAAACAACCAAAGUUGGAGAUGAUUCUUCCAGAUAGAGCGUACGCGUUCUUUUCACACACCCACAAGGCCCAGAAAGAGAAUAUGCCACUGUUAGAUAAGAUCCUGGAAGAGAGGGUGUCCUUGUUCGAUUAUGAGCUAAUUGUUGGAGAUGAUGGGAAAAGAUUGCUUGCAUUUGGGAAGUUUGCUGGUAGAGCUGGGCUGGUAGAUUUCUUACAUGGUCUCGGACAGCGAUAUUUGAGCCUUGGGUACUCUACACCGUUUCUCUCUCUGGGGCAAUCUCAUAUGUAUCCUUCACUCGCUGCAGCCAAGGCUGCAGUCAUUGCCGUUGGUGAAGAGAUAGCAACAUUUGGACUUCCGUCUGGAAUUUGUCCAAUAGUGUUUGUAUUCACUGGAGUUGGAAAUGUCUCUCAGGGUGCCCAGGAGAUAUUCAAGCUAUUGCCCCAUACCUUCAUUGAUGCUGAGAAACUUCCUGAAGUUUCUGCGGCCUGGAAUCUUUCUAAACAAUCUCAGUCAACCAAGAGAGUAUUUCAACUGUAUGGUUGUGUUGUGACUUCUAGAGACAUGGUCUCUCACAAGGAUCCUACAAGACAUUUUGACAAAGCUGACUAUUAUGCUCAUCCAGAACACUACGCUCCAGUUUUUCAUGAAAGGAUUGCUCCAUAUGCAUCUGUCAUUGUAAACUGUAUGUACUGGGAGAGGAGGUUUCCACGAUUACUGAGUAUCAGUCAGUUACAGCAACUGAUGAAGUCUGGUUGUCCGUUGGUUGGCAUUUGUGAUAUAACUUGUGAUAUUGGAGGUUCCAUUGAAUUUGUGGACAAGAGUACAUCAAUAGAGAAGCCCUUCUUCCGGUAUGAUCCUUCUAAUAAUUCAUGUCAUGAUGAUAUGGAAGGUAACGGUGUGAUCUGCUUAGCUGUUGACAUUCUCCCUACAGAGUUUUCUAAAGAGGCCUCCCAACAUUUUGGAAACAUAUUAUCUAAAUUUGUUGCUAGCUUGGCCUCAAUGAAGCAACUGGUGGAACUUCCUUCCUACUUGAGAAGAGCUUGCAUUGCUCAUGAUGGCAGAUUAACUUCUUUGUAUGAAUAUAUUCCUAGGAUGCGAAAGACUAUGAUAGAUUUGGCGCCCGCAAAAGCUAAUCCAUCGCCUGACAAGAAGUACAGCACCCUGGUAUCUCUCAGUGGGCACCUAUUUGAUAAAUUUCUUAUAAACGAAGCUUUGGACAUUAUUGAAGCAGCUGGAGGUUCAUUUCAGUUGGUUAGAUGUGAAGUUGGACAAAGUAUUGAUGAUACGUCAUACUCGGAGCUUGAAGUAGGAGCAGAUGAUACUUCAACAUUGGAUAAAAUAAUUGAUUCCUUGACUUCUCUUGCUAAUGCACACGGUGGAGAUGAUGAUGCUCGGAAAGAGACUGAACUAGCUCUGAAGAUAGGAAAAGUCAAUGAGUGUGGAACUGGUGACACCGUGGAUAAAGAUGGGCCAAAGAUUUUGAUUCUUGGAGCUGGAAGAGUUUGUCGACCAGCGGCGCAGUUUCUAGCAUCUUACCGUCCUGAUGACAAUAACACAGAUCAAAUUCAUGUCAUUGUGGCAUCUUUGUAUCAAAAAGAUGCAGAAGAGAUAGUUGAGGGAAUUAAAAAUGCAACUGCUACUCAGCUUGAUGUUGCUGAUAUUGGAGGUCUUUCAGAUCUUGUUUCUCAGGUCGAGGUUGUAGUUAGCUUGCUGCCUGCUAGUUUUCAUGCUGCCAUUGCAAGAGUAUGCAUAGAGCUCAAGAAGCACAUGGUAACGGCAAGUUAUGUUGAUGAAUCCAUGUCAAACUUGAGCCAAGCUGCCAAGGGUGCAGGUGUAACUAUACUUUGUGAAAUGGGCCUAGAUCCUGGCAUAGAUCACAUGAUCUCAGUGAAGAUGAUUGACGAAGCUCAUGCUCGAAAUGGAAAAGUAAAGUCAUUUACAUCUUUCUGUGGUGGUCUGCCAUCUCCAGCUGCUGCAAACAAUCCACUGGCCUAUAAAUUCAGUUGGAACCCAGCUGGUGCUGUCCGUGCAGGGAAAAACCCUGCUGUCUACAAAUUUCUUGGGGAAGCCAUCCAUGUAGAUGGUAGUAGCUUGUAUGAAUCAGCAAAGGGGCUUAGACUACCAGAGCUUCCAGCUUUUGCUCUGGAACACUUACCAAAUCGGAAUUCCUUGAUAUAUGGAGACCUUUAUGGUAUCACCAAAGAAGCAUCUACCAUAUAUAGAGCUACUCUUCGUUACGAAGGUUUUAGUGAGAUAAUGGCUACACUAUCGAAAAUUGGGUUUUUUGAUGCUGCAAAUCAUCCACUGCUGCAAGAUGCUAAUCGUCCAACAUAUAAGGGUUUUCUUGAUGAACUGCUUAAUGCUGAUAAUAUCUCAACAAUUACCACAAACUUAAACAUUGAAGCCUCUGGUGGAUAUGAUGAUGAAUUGAUUGCCAGAAUAUUGAGCCUUGGGCAUUGCAAAGAGAAGGACAUAGCUGUUAAGACAGUCAAAACCAUCAAGUUCUUGGGACUACAUGAAGAGAUUCAGAUUCCUAAGGAUUGUUCAAGUGCAUUCGAUGUGAUUUGCCAACGAAUGGAACAGAGGAUGGCCUAUGGCCACAAUGAGCAGGACAUGGUACUGCUGCACCACGAAGUGGAAGUGGAAUACCCGGAUGGGCGACCCACUGAAAAGCACCAAGCAACGCUACUGGAGUUUGGAAAGGUUGAGAAUGGAGGAUCCACCACCACUGCGAUGGCCCUUACCGUUGGCGUACCAGCUGCAAUAGGAGCUCUGCUCUUGCUUGAGAACAAGGUGAACACGAAAGGAGUAAUCAGGCCUCUCGAACCUGAAAUCUACAUUCCAGCAUUGGAGAUGCUGGAGUCGUCAGGCAUCAAGCUGGCUGAGGGAGUGGAGAUUUGAAAACUUCGUAUAUAGACGUAUAGAUAUAGUAUAUGGUAUAGCUGGGUACAUAUCUUCUGUAAAUACUUUGCUCUAUAUACAUGGCCCUCUAUGUGACCUAUAUAUAUAGGAUAAACUGCCCAUCGGUUGGUUCGUUUCGGGUUUACUAGGUAACAGCACAA